AAUGGACAAAAUAUUUAGGAAUGGCCUCCUUUCCUCACCUUAAGUACCUAGAAACCGCCUAUUUACCAAAUAAUAUUAUAUGUUUGAUAAUUGAAAAUUCCGGCGGACACAUUUUAGAAAUUUACAUACGUUUUCCACUUGAUUCAGAUUCGAAUAACUAUCAAUCCCAAAACAAAAAAUUAAUUUUGGCAAUAUCAAAUCAUUGUCCAAAAUUAAUUAACUUAACAAUGGAAGUUGGACAUAGAAAUUUGUGUAAAAUGAAAGGGAUUUUUUCCAAUUGCAUGCAAUUGGAAAAAUUAUUCCUUACCACAAAUUCCAAUGUAUUACCCAACGGUGAUAAAAUUUUACUAUUAAUGAGCAAAAUGUUGUCCACAACUUUAAAAGAAUUUUCAUUCGGAGAUAAGUUUAAUUUCUCGUUGGAAGGAUUGAGGACAUUUUUUGAAAAUUGGAAAUCUGAAAAUAGGUCACCAUUUAAAUUUAUCCAUCAUUAUGAUGAUGGAAUGGUUUAUUUAUGGACGAGUGAUCAUGAUAUUAUUGUGGUAAAUUAUAAGAAUGAAGGAGUAAUUCGGUGAAAUCGAAC